UUGAGUUUGGUUUUCAGCGCGAGGACACACAGCUACGGUGGCGACAGUUUAGACACCAAAACUACCCGUUAAGUUUAGGAAACAGAUCGUGGUUUGGAUUAAAACUCUCCCGAGGACCGAACACGCGCGUCCUGGGGCGAAAUAUUAAAUUUAUACUUUUAUAUUAGCCGAGAUUUAGCGUAAUUUGGCCAUUUCAAGCCAUAACCGCGAGCCAAAGGAGCCGACUCUGCGCGAGCCCGGGAAAGGUUGCCUGAGUCCGGGAUUCAGAUGGAGGGCAGCGCCGCUGUCAGCUCCACGGCAGCCCGGGAAAGGUUGCCUGAGUCCGGGAUUCAGAUGGAGGGCAGCGCCGCUGUCAGCUCCAUGGUUCUGUUCGAGGAUGAGUCGGUGGAUGUUCGGUACGGAACCGGAGCCCAGCUCCAGCUGUCGCCGUGUGGCUGUGAGUUCACGCUGCUGAAACCCGCUGACGUCUCCGGACAUCCUCCGAGACCCGCCGAGAGAUUCCGACAUCCUCCGAAACCAGCCGAGAGACUCCGACAGAGGACCAGGUUCACCGUCAGCUCUUACAAGGAAGUUCUGGUCGCUGCGUUGGCGUUCAGGAAUAAAUACGCUCGCCGCCCGUACCUACCGGAGGAACUCGUCCCCGCCAAACACACGAAGCCUUUCUUCAGCGUGGACUCAGACGUGCGGUGGCCUGAGUGGUCUUCCUGUGCGGCUGAACUCGGGCCUGGAGGCGAGACUAUCGUCAGGUCUGAGGGGGGGCGAGCAGCGCUGAUGCUGGCGCCAUCGGGCGAAGAAUUCUCCGUGGAGUUUGCGUGCAGCCUCAGUCAGACGGCGAGCCGAUACACCGACGAUGAGAAGCCAGAGACGGUGUACCGAUCCACCACGGUGGUCCAGCAUCACUCCGUCUGCUCUGUUCCCUCCGUCUGGUCCUACCCUCUCUGGCUGGCUCGCCAACUCCACGCCUCUCGUCUCUGGCUGGCUCGCCAACUCCACGCGUCUCGUCUCCCUGAGCCAGAAGACGUCCCUGCAGACAGAGACGUAAACCCGCUGGACAUUUCCACCGUAGAGCGAAGCUCUCGCCUCCCAGAGGCGCUGCCUCUCACGUGUUCAUCCCCCCACUGGCACAGGUGGAAAGUUAAAGAUGUCGUUUCAGAUGAAGAUCUUCCAACAGAGCUGGUGAAGGUGAUGUGGUGGCACGGAGUCACGUACAGGAUCCUGAACGGGACGGUCCCUGUCGUGGAGGUGUCCCCCGGAGAUGGAUCAGUCCUCCGCUCUAACGGCGUCCUGAAUACUUAUUUUACUCAUCACAGACCUGAUCUCCCAUCAGGACGGGUGAACGAGGUAACGUACCACGUGGACACCCUCCCCCCCGACGUCCCGGGACAGCUGUUCUCCGUGGGGGCUGUCGUGAGGCGCGCCAGCAGGAUCCUGGCGUGCUUCACCGAGGCCAGGCGGUCGCUGGCGCUCCCCGCCACGCCCAGCUGCCUCACGGAGCUCAGAGAGGGGCGACAUUUGUCUGGACCAGUGAGGAUGGAAGAAGGUCUGUCCAGUCCUGUUCCUGUUGAGCAGGACGUCCCAGACACGGUAGAGAAUCGGUCGGAUCUUGUAGCUGCAGAACUGGAGAAGAUAAAAAGAUUCAACUAUCCUGGGGGCUCUUUAACCUGGUGGGGGCUCUUUAACCUGGUGGGCCCAGUUCUUCUGGAGAACAACCACCUGCUGAGGAACCAGACAGGAAGUGUGAGACAGGAAGCUGUCGCUGCAGACGAGGAGACUCCCGGAGCGGUGAGCGAGCGCUGCGUCGCCGAGGCUCUGCAGAGAACUUCCAGAACCAUCCGAGACAUCGACGCUCUCAUAUCUGACUGCAAAGAGCCCUGAAUGGGGCUGUGUGUGUGUGUGUGUGUGUGUGUGUGUGUGUGUGUGUGUGUGUGUGUGUGUGUGUGUGUGUGUGUGUGUGUGUGUGUGUGUGUGUGUGUGUGUGUGUGUGUGUGUGUGUGUGUGUGUAUUCGGACUAUAUUUUAUAUUUCUAGGUCCGACUGAAAUAAAGAUUUUUCUUCAUGUC